GCACUGAUACAACAGGCGGCGUCGCCCACUAACUGGACCCGAGCCUCAACCGCUUCCAGUUAUAUCGAACCCAUAGUCAGAACCCGUAAUAAUAUUCACGUCAUCACCAGAUCGUUAGUCACAAGAAUUUUAUUGUCCAACACUAACGGAUUGACGGCCACUGGCGUUGAGUUUAGCAGAAAUGGUCAAACAUAUCAAGUGAACGCUCGACGGGAAGUCAUACUAUCGGCCGGCGGAACAAAUAGCCCACAGAUAUUGAUGCUCUCGGGAAUUGGUCCGCGACAGCACUUACAAGACAUGGGAAUACCGGUACAAAUGGAUCUCCCGGUCGGCAACAACCUUAUGGAUCACAUAUUGAUUCCAAUGGACUAUUUGGUGCAAAACCAGUCCGACAUCCAGUGGUCUAGAAAUUUGGAUCAAAUAAUGACAGUUCAGAAUUUAUAUGAUUAUUACGUUAAUAAUAACGGACCGCUCGUCCAAUUGCCGACUGUCCUCACGUAUCACAGCUCACGAUUCAACGACAACCCGGACUGGCCCGACGGUAUCAGAGCCACACUCACCUCACAAAUCGGAACAAAUAUUAGCAGCAUUUUAGCCGAUUAUGGCCAGAAUGUAGACGAAUGGGCCGACUAUUGGAAUGGUUUGGCUGGAGAUCAAAGACAUUUUUGGGUCUUUUACGCCGUGUAUAGACCGCGAAGUCGAGGAACCGUUCGGUUGGCGUCCUCUAACCCGAGAGACGCGCCACUCAUUGAUCCCAAUUAUUACGCCGAGAAUUAUGACUUAGGAGUAGUGGUCGACACUAUGAGCACUGGUAUGCGAAUGACUGAACAGCCAUUCUUCAGACAAUUCGCCCGCAUUUACAACCGGACAAUACCCGGCUGUCAGAUGUGUGACUCCGGACCCUAG